AUGUACAAUUACGUGGUAACAGCUCAUAAACCAAGCUCCGUAGUAUCUGCGACAAGAGGCAGCAUAUCAUCUCCCGAUGAGACAAAUCUGGUUCUCAACAAAUUUUCACGUAUAGAAAUCUAUACUCUCGUGCCUGGGGGAUUAAAAUCCUUCAAGGAUGUUCCGGUUUAUGGUAGAAUUGCGGCGAUGCAAGUCUAUAGACCACGGGGCCGUGAUACAGAUCUUCUCUUCGUAGCUACAGAACAGCAACAAUAUUUUGUCAUUUCAUAUGAUGAAAGGCAGCAUCAAUUAAUUACUGAAACAAAAGGAAAUAUGGAACUUCGAGGUGGGCAAGUCCCACAUACAGGAAUGAUGUGUGCAUUAGAUCCGUAUUGUCGGUUAAUUGGGUUGAUCGCGUAUCAAGUGAUACCCACACUUGCAAUUCUGUACGCUGAUGUACAUAAGCACGUGUCUAUAAAGAUAUAUUUUGUAAAGAUUAAAGAAAAAGAAUUUGCUCCCGGUCCAUUAUUCAAGGAAGACCUUGAUGAAACCACAGAAUUUUUGAUUGCAGUUCCAAAAGGCGGCUUUUUGGUAGUUGCGUCAAAGCAUAUUACAUAUUACGAUAAUGAUUUCAAAUCUCGAACAAUACAUUUGAAAUAUAAAACGGCAAUGAGAGGGGUUGCUGCUGUAGAUGACGACGGAUCUAGUUACGUUUUUGUUGGAUCACAUUUCGGCGAUUCGCAAUUAAUUAGGUUGCGUCAAACACCGAAUGAACAGGGCGUCUUAUUAGAUGUACUUGACACAUUCAUUAACUUAUCACCCAUAGUAGAUUUUUGUGUAGUAAAUCUGGAGCGACAAGGACAGGGGCAUAUAAUUACAUGCUCUGGUGGCACUAAAGAUGGUUCUUUGCGAAUCAUUCGUAAUGGUGUGGGAAUUACUGAACAAGCAGUGAUGGAAAUGCCUGGCAUUACGGGUGUAUGGUCUUUACGUCCAUAUUACGAUUCUCCUUGCGAUGACACUUUGGUAAUAUCACUCAUUGGUGAGACACGAGUGCUAAGAUUAGAGGAAGGAGAAGAGUUGCAAGAGGUUGAUGAAUAUGCUGGCUUUGAUAUGAGUCAAUCAACCAUUGCGACGCGAAAUGUUGUAGGAAAUUUACUUGUACAAGUUACUCAACAUCAAGUGAGACUCAUCGAUUUAGACAACCGAAGACUGAUUUCUCAAUGGGACCCUCCUCAUAAUAGUAAGAUCACUGUUGCUGAUAUUAAUCCCAGUCAAGUUGUAAUAGCGAUUAGUGGUGGAACGUUGAUCUAUUUUCAGGUGCAAGGAAUAGAACUCGUUGAAAUAAAUCAGAGGAAAUUGCAAUAUGAAAUAGCAUGUAUGAGCAUCAAUCCACUAGAUCCUAUACAACCAGAAAGUUCAUCAAUUGUCGCCGUAGGGCUUUGGACAGUGGUUGGCGUGCAAGUGUUAAGAUUACCAUCAUUAGAGAUAAUCGCAGAUCAACCCCUUGAAGGUGUUUCCAUGACCCGUUCUGUGCUAUUGUCCACGUUCGAGAACAAUCAUUACCUUUUGGCGGCGUUAGGUGACGGGCAAUUGUUCCAUUUUAUCCUUGAUCCAACAACUGGUCGAUUAUCAGAGCGAAAACAACUAUCACUUGGAACUCAGCCCGUUAUGCUUACUUCUUUUACUUCUAAUGGAUUGAGUCAUGUUUUUGCUGCGUCAGAUAGACCAACAGUUAUUUACAGCAGUAAUAAAAAAUUACUAUAUUCUAAUGUCAACACAAAGGACGUUACAUAUAUGUGUCCGUUCAAGCCGGCAUCCAUGGCGACCUCCUUGGUAAUCACACAUGAAGGAGGAUUGACAAUAGGCAGUAUUGAUGAGAUACAAAAACUUCACAUUCGAACAAUACUAUUAAAUGAAAUGCCCCGUCGUAUAUGCCACCAAGAAAGCACGCAUACACUUGGAAUACUAACUAUAAGACUCAAUUUGAAUGAUGAUGAAGAAAAUUUAAGGUAUUUCAAAAUAUUAGACGAUCAAACGUUUGAAUUUUACGACUCAUUUGAAAUGCAAUCCAAUGAAGAUGUUCAUUCCUUGACUUCAGUAAAAUUCGAUAUGAAAGAAGAUUCUCCCGAAUACUAUGUAGUUGGAACUUCAUUCACUAUUCAAGGGGAAGCUAAUGCUAGUAAAGGUCGAAUAUUAGUUUUCCAAGUAGAAAGAAACGAAUUUGUUUGCAAAUUGCGGUUGAUUCUCCAAAAAGAAAUGAGAGGUGCAAUAUAUUCAUGCGGACCGUUUUAUGGAAAGUUAUUGGCCUCCGUUAAUGGAACGGUCACAGUUUUUGAAUGGAAAGCUUCUGAAGAUGGAAGUACAGAAUUAAUACCUCUUUGUAAUAAUAAAGAUUUUUCAUUGGCGCUUCGUGUUGUCUCACGAGGACAUUUCAUUUUAGUUGGUGAUCUGUUUAGAUCUAUUAGUCUGUUAGCAUACAAAGAAUCAGAUAAAGACAACAAAUCUCUCGAAGUUAUCGCUAAAGAUAAUAACCCUCGUUGGAUUUCUUCUGUCGAGGCUUUUGACGAUGAUGAAUUUAUCGCUAGUGAUACAAAUUAUGAUUUAAUCACAUUUCGAAAAAAUGAUGAUACAGCAGAUGAAGAUGAGAGGAGGAAGUUGGAAACAAAUGGAUUCUUUCACCUCGGCGAUUCAGUUAAUCAAAUACGUCAUGGUUCUUUGGCGAUGAAUGUUUCAGAAACAGAGCCAGUAGGGAUUUCUUCGGAAUUGUUAUACUGUACAUCAUCUGGAGCUAUUGGUGUUAUCGCAUCUAUACCAGAACAAAAAUUUAAAUUCUUGAAAAAAUUAGAAGAAAGCAUAGAUAAAGUUAUCGGCAGUAUUGGUGAUUUAAGUCACAAAGAUAUGAAAAAAGGGAAUAAGCUUUACGAGGCCCGAGGAUUUAUCGAUGGCGAUCUAAUUGAAUCUUUCCUUGACAGAUCCCGAAGUGAAAUGGUGCAAAUUGCUGAAGAAUGUGAGAUGAAAGUAGAUGAGCUAUUAAAAAUAGUUGAAGAGUUAACGAGAAUUCAUUAA